AUGGGACAAAGCAGUGGACGUCAAGAGAGAAGCAAGAAACUACAGCUGGCGCUAAGUGAGACCAUGCAGGCAGAAGCAGAUGUACAAGAUAAUAAAGAGGAAGCCGAAGAGCAGAAGGCCAAAGACCAGAGGCUAACAUCAGUCUUUGGUGUGGCAGACUUAAAAAAUGGAGCUAUUGGACUGUACAACGUUGGACAGAGCUGCUGUCUGAACUCUGUGCUCCAAGUGUUCCUCAUGAAUAUACACUUCACAGGGAUACUUCGAAGGAUUGCAGUGCCCCCACGUGCUGCGCAGAAGAGGAGGAAUGUCCCAUACCAAAUGCUCCUGCUGUUGGAGGAGAUGCAGUGUGGCAAGCGGAAAGCUGUUUCUCCCAUAGCCCUUGCUUGCUGUCUUUCAGUAUACAGAGUGGAAUUGUUUGUGCAGCAUGAUGCUGCCCAGCUCUUUCUGACUCUCUGGAACCUGAUAAAGUGGCAGAUGAAAAAGCCGGAGCUGGUUGAAGGUCUAAAUGAUUUGUACACUGUCUGUGUACAGGAGCACCUGGCCUGUCAGAAGUGCUCUUCUGAAGCAAAGAGGAACAGCAGCAUGUUAACCCUGCCGCUCCCAGUGUUGGAUUCCAGUUCUCGUAUGCUGAAGUCUCUGGAAGACUGUCUGCAAUACUUUUUCCAUCCAGAAGAGUUGACUGAUCACAACAUGUGCUUCUGUGAACAGUGUGGAAAGAGAACACCUUUUCUUCAGAGCAUGAAGCUAGUCCAUCUGCCACAGACUCUGACCCUACAUCUAAAGCGCUUCUGCUUCGAAAAAUCAGCCCGCAUUCACAAGCUUAGUCACUAUCUGCCAUUCCCACAAGACCUUGAUUUCAAUGCAGUCUUGACAGAAAAUCAGUGCCAAGCAGAUGACGAUGAAAAGGCUGCCUGGCAGUAUGAGCUUUUUGCUGUCGUUGCUCAUUCAGGAUCAACUAGUUGUGGACACUACUGUGCCUAUAUUCGAAGUCUCACGGAAUGCAAAUGGUAUUGCUUCAACGAUUCUGAGGUGUGCCAGGUGUCAUGGGAUGAUGUUAAAUGCACCUAUGGACAUUCCAACCUCCACUGGGGAGAAACGGCCUAUCUCUUGAUCUACAUGAGAAAACAUCCUCAGUAG